AUGACGGUAGCGGAGACACUGGGCCCAUUAUUUACGCUGAUGAUCGCUAUCAACGUCAUCAGUGCGGCGCUACCUUUGUUGCGGCACCGCCUUGUGUGGUACCCGCUGGCCUUUGCGCUCUUUGGGAUCGCCUGCCUCGCCGUGCUGUUGGCUGCGAUGGUGACGUUCGGUGACGGCACUGUGUCGCUCUACAGUCUGGGCGCCAGGGGGAAGCUGCGGUCGUCGGUGACGGUACCGUUCGAUCUACCCCUCUUUCUGCAGCUCAACGUGACGAUGACGUCACUGAUGGCGGUUUCGGUGCUGGCGAUGGUGUGCUGGAUGUGCCACGUGUGCCGACGUGGCUGGCAUAUCUACAUUGUACCGAUGCUGCGUGACCUGAAUAAGCUGGAGGAGACGUGUUGGGCCAACGCGUUGGAUCUCCGCAACCGCACAGCCCCAGCUGCGUCGUGA